AUGUCAGUAUCAACAAUAACACCUGUAAAUUCAACAAUACAUGCAACAAAUUCAACUAUAACAAAUAAGACUUCUAAAAAUGGAGGAUUAACAACAGCUAAAGUUGAUAAGUAUAUAGAACAACUUUUACAAACUGUUAGUGGACCUCAAUAUGAUAUGACAAUAAAAGAAGAAGAUAUUAUUUUAAUAACAUCAGAAGCAAAAAGAGUAUUUUGUAGUCAGGAUGUAUUAUUAGAACUUGAACCACCACUAAAAAUUUGUGGUGACAUUCAUGCUCAAUAUGGAGAUUUAAUAAGACUUUUUGGAUUAAAUGGAUUUCCACCUUCUACUAAUUAUCUCUUUUUGGGAGAUUAUGUUGAUCGUGGAAAACAAAAUCUUGAAACAAUAUUAUUAUUAUUUUGUUAUAAAAUUCGUUUUCCACAAAAUUUUUUUCUUUUACGUGGUAAUCAUGAAUGUACCUAUGUUAAUAGAGUUUAUGGAUUUUAUGAUGAAUGUAAUAGAAGAUUUAGUUACAGUAUUUAUCAAGAAUUUAUUAAUACAUUUGUAUGGAUGCCAUUAUCAGCAAUUGUUGGUAAUAAAAUUUUAUGUAUGCAUGGAGGUUUAUCUCCAAAAUUAAAUUCUCUUGAUGAUAUUAAAAAUAUAAAAAGACCAACAGAAGCAUAUGGAUCUUUUUUGGAAACUGAUUUAUUAUGGUCAGAUCCUGUACCUAAUAUAAAUGGAUUUAAACCAAAUAUUAGAGGAGCUGGAUAUAGUUUUGGUGUUGAUGCUCUCUUAUCAACGACAAAUAAAUUAAAUAUUGAUCUUGUUGUCAGAGCACAUCAAGUUGUUCAAGAUGGAUAUGAAUUUUUUGGUAAUAAACGUCUUGUUACAAUAUUCUCUGCACCACAUUAUUGUGGACAAUUUAAUAAUUCAGCUGUAGUUUUAAGUGUUAAUGAAUCAUUAUUUUGUUCAUUUACUGUUCUUAAACCUACAAGUAUUGGUACCAAUGUUUGUACUAAUAAUUACGAGAAAACCCAAAUUCAAAUAUUAUAA